AUGGGCGCACUCUGCUCCAAAUCAGAGCUGGUUGAUGGAGCCAAGGAUCCUCAACGGCAACACAUCCCAGAAGAGCGCGAUCGCCACGAUAGAAAGGAUUAUUCACAUACCGAUUUCAUGGCUCGUCUAUCGCAACGCGCAACACAUCCAGCUAAGAAAGCUCGGAUGAGGGAACCCUUACUAGACGAUGCCGCAGCUGCGCGGAAUCAUAUCCAGGCGCAUGAUGUCGAGAUUGCAGCACGGGAAUCUAUUGUUGGGCCAUCAAAACCCGCAGGCGCAAAUGCGCUUUCGCAAGUACCUGGCAAUGUUGGGGAAUACUUCAAAUUGCGAGAAACGAUGGCAGCGCGUGAGAAGGCGCUGGACUUCGAUCAUACUUGUCGCGCGCGCAGUACGCCCGAGGAAAAGCAUGCAGAUGCCAUCCUCCAGAGGUUAAGGCGAGAGGACGAGGAAAAUGUAUAUGCCCAGGCCCCACCACGAACUGGCUACGGCGGACAGCAGCACCCUCGAUUUCCCGGAGAUCACUUCCUCGGCAACAAGCAUCUGAUCGAUCAAACGGCCUUGUUCAGAAUAGCACAGCAUAUGCCAAAGGGCGGCCACUUACACAUACACUUCAAUGCUUGUCUUGCUCCUCAAGUUCUACUCAACCUUGGGAAAGAGAUGGAUCGCAUGUUUAUCACAAGCAAUGUGCCCUUAGUUUCAGAUGACAACCACACCAACUUUGAUCGAUGCGAGAUCCAGUUCUCAUUGUUGAGCCCUGAGAAGGAAACGCCUGGCGACUUGUUCUCUGUAGAAUACCAACCUCGGCAAACGAUGCCUUUCAGAGAAUUCCUCGAAAAGUUCCAGAAGCAUUACACCAAAGACUCCACAAGUGUCGAUGAGUGGCUAUAUGAGAAGCUCAUGUUUCAUGAAGAGGAGGCACACAAUAGUCUACAAACCGGAUCUGGAGCUUGGGAAAAGUUCAAUGGAAGAACCCGUAUGAUGAAAGGCCUGUUUAACUACGCGACAGCAUACAAAAGAUACACCCGGCUUUGUCUGGAGGACUUCAUGAGGGACAACAUCAGCUAUGCGGAAAUCCGACCCAAUUUCAUGACCAGCAACCAGCUCUGGAGUGAUGAUGGGACACAACUUAUCGAUAACAAAGGAAUAAUGGAAUUAAUUAUUGAGGAGGUUAUGAACUUCCAGGUUGAUAUGAGAAAGCAGGGGCGAUACUUUGGGGGGCUCAAAGUAAUCUACUGCACGCCUCGGUCGUUCGAGCCAGCACAGAUCGAGGCUGCUCUAACAGAAUGUCUGAAGUUCAAACAGCUAUGGCCAGAGUGGAUUGCAGGGUUCGAUCUUGUUGGCGAGGAGGCCAAAGGGCGGCCUAUCAAAGACUUCAUCCCUGAACUUCUAAAGUUUCAAGACGAUUGCACGCGUGAAGGUGUCGAUAUUCCAUUCCUUUUCCAUUGUGGAGAGACACUGGACAUGGGAACCGAUACCGAUGGCAACCUCAUCGAUGCGCUCCUAUUGAAGUCUAAAAGAAUCGGGCAUGGUUUUGCGCUGGCCAAGCACCCCUAUGUGAUGCAACAUAUGAAAGAGCGCGGUGUUUGCCUCGAGCUCUGUCCCAUCUCUAACGAGAUAUUGGGGCUUACGCCGCGUGUCAGCGGGCAUACCAUGUAUCAGCUUCUUGCCAACAACGUACACUGUACAGUAAGCUCGGACAACGGUACACUAUUCAGAUCCUCUCUAUCUCACGACUUCUACCAGGUAUUGAUCGGUAAGGCCGAUAUGGGACUCUUUGGAUGGAAACAACUAGCUCUAUGGAGCUUAGAACAUGCCUGCCUCUCAGCGUCCGAGUAUAGUUCGAUCUCUCGCGACUGGGAGGAGAAGUGGAAGGCUUUUGUUCAGUGGGUAAUCGAGGAGUACGAUGAUCAGAGAAAAUCUGCUUGA